CUUCUAAGUACAUAUUUGUGAGGGCACAGGGAGGCAGAGCCUGCACUCCAGCUCCACGUUCACUGAGGCACACACGGCCCCAGCUCCUGCUCUCGCCUCCUGCUAACUUUUCUACUUUUUCUUUUACGGACCCUUUCCGUGUUGGCAAUAAGCAGCCAUGGACGCCAUCAAGAAGAAGAUGCAGAUGCUCAAGCUCGACAAGGAGAACGCCUUGGACAGAGCUGAGCAGGCCGAGUCGGACAAGAAGGCGGCGGAGGACAGAAGCAAGCAGUUAGAGGACGAAAUAAGAGAGUUGGAAAAGAAAAUGCGUAUUACUGAGGACGAGAGAGAUAAAGUGUUUGAGGAGUUCCAAACUGCGGAGGAGAAACUUCUGAGCGCCGAGGAAGUCGCUACCAAGCUUGAGGAUGACUUGGCAGCUCUGCAGAAGAAGCUGAAGGGAACUGAGGAUGAGCUAGACAAGUACUCUGAGGCUCUUAAAGAUGCCCAGGAGAAACUUGAGCUGGCUGAGAAGAAAGCCACUGAUGCUGAGAGCGAUGUGGCCUCCCUCAACAGACGCAUCCAGCUGGUUGAGGAGGAGUUGGACCGUGCUCAGGAGCGUCUGGCCACUGCUCUGACCAAGCUGGAGGAGGCAGAGAAGGCUGCCGAUGAGAGCGAGAGAGGCAUGAAGGUAAUUGAGAACAGGGCCAUGAAGGAUGAGGAGAAGAUGGAGAUCCAGGAGAUCCAGCUCAAGGAGGCCAAGCACAUCGCUGAGGAGGCUGACCGCAAAUACGAGGAGGUGGCACGUAAACUCGUCAUCAUUGAGAGUGACCUCGAGCGUACAGAGGAGCGUGCUGAGCUGUCAGAAAGCAAAUGCUCUGAGCUGGAGGAAGAGUUGAAAACUGUGACCAACAACCUGAAAUCACUGGAGGCCCAGGCUGACAAGUAUUCACAGAAGGAGGACAAAUACGAAGAGGAGAUCAAGGUCCUCACCGACAAGCUGAAGGAGGCUGAGACCCGUGCCGAGUUCGCUGAGAGAUCAGUAGCCAAGCUUGAGAAGACCAUUGAUGACCUGGAGGAUGAGUUGUAUUCCCAGAAACUGAAGUACAAAGCCAUCAGCGAGGAGCUGGACCACGCCCUCAAUGACAUGACUUCCAUGUAAAUGUUCCACCUGCCGUGCCUCUUGUGUUUUUCAGUUAUUACGGGUACUACACCUUGUAGCAGUCCCCUCAGGAUGCUCUGUUAUUACGCACAUUGUUUUACUCAGGUGGUCUUAAACAAUGUCUGUCUUGUGUGAGCAUUCUCUUGCAACUCCCUGUGGGCUCCUCUUUCAUUUAACUUGACCAUUUCACCAUUGUAUCAGUGAGAUUAGACCGUGUAAAGAGGAAUGGUGUAAGGUAAUGCAUGUCACAUGAAGCAGCAUGCACUGUUUUGUUUUGUUUUUUUUGUUCUACUUGUUGGACCUUUUGUAGUGGCAUCCUGAGACACGCAUGCAAAUCAAUUGAGGGAUUCACUCACCGUAGCCCCGAGGCUUUCCUCUUUUGAGUGAUCAUCUUCUAAUAUGUCCUGCUGUGUCCUCAUUGAAACCCCCUCCCCCUCAUUUGCUCUUUUUUUUGUCCCAUUUCAAUGGGCUCUGUGGUGUGGCUCCUGUUGAUGUGGUUCUUUAAAGAGCCGACCUUCCCCCUUCAUUCACUGUACUUCUUCUCUCCCCCCUCACAGAUAAAUUGUUUACAUCUCAUCAAAGACGCCUCCUUCCGGCAGAGUGGCAUCUGUCUGCUCUCUCCAACCUUCCCUCCAUCUUCCCUUCCCUCCCCAACUGUGCUAUUCCUGUCCUCGUGUUUGUUCUCAUCCUUAUGUCAAAGUCCAUCCCAUCUCUUGUACAGAAUCCUAAAAUCUUUCUGCGUUGUGUAAAAAGAAUAAACCUCAUCCCUUCCAUGUACGCUGUAUCUCUUUACUCUGUCCCCUUUCCCUAUUUAUUUCCAGUCAAACCUAGAAGCCUUUCUGUUUGUUCUGUCUUUUACUUUUCUUUAAAAAUCUCGGCAAUACUUUUCCUUGCUUUCAUUGUUUUAGCCGUGGAGAAGGUGGCACACACAUACCGAAAUAAAAGCGGAGCCAAUUUAGCUUCUCUUGUAGCAGUCGAGACUUUUCAAAAUCAAGUACUGGAACAGGGAAUCUUACUUUGGGUGUUUUGAGGACAGGAGGAUUGGGAUUGGACUGUGAUCAGGAAGAGUAUGGUUAAGUAGUGAGACGAUGGAGAACAUCUGGUUGGAUGAAAGAGACUUGAGAAGCUUUGUGCACAUCUCUGUUGGAAUAUUAUGAUGUGGGCAUUGUAUGUUACGCAGCAUUUCAAUAAAUGUACAA